AUGAGGAGUGAUCAUGGGGAUGUGGUUGAUGAGAGUGAGAAGUUAGUGACAAGUGAGAAAGAGCAUGUUGGUGAGAAAGGGGAGAAGGUUGAGAGAUAUGUUACGCCUACACUUUACAAGCCUCCACUACCCUUCCCUCAAAGGCAAGUUAAAGCUAAGUUGGAAACCAUUUCCCAAAUGCCCUCCUAUGCCAAAUUCUUAAAAGAGAUUCUGUCAAAUAAGAGACAAUUAGAGGAGUAUGAAACAGUAGUCUUAACUCAGGAGUGUAGUGACAUAAUUCAAAAUAAGUUACCACUUAAGCUUAAAGAUCUUGGCUCGUUUUCUAUUCCUUGUACAAUUGGUGAUAUAUCAAUUAAUCAUGCUCUAUGUGAUCUUGGUGUUAGUGUCAAUCUUUUGCCAUUGUCUAUAUGUAACAAGGUGCAAAUGGGAGACUUGAAGCCUACCACUAUCUCCCUCCUAUUAGUAGAUCGAUCAGUUAAACGUCCAGUAGGUAUAUUAGAAGAUGUACCUAUCCCGGUUGGUAAAUUCUAUAUUCCAGUUAAUUUUGUUAUUCUUGAAAUUAAGGAGGAUUCUCAAAUCCCCAUUAUAUUGCGAAUAUCUUUCCUUGCUAUCGUUGGCACAGUGAUUGAUGUGAAAAAUGGAAAGCUCUCUCUCAAUAUAGGGGGUAAAAAGGUGAAUUUUGACUUGUUUUCAGCUAUGAAAUUUCUACUAAUUAAUGAUAAUUGUUGUAGGAUUGAUACGGUUGACAUGGUGGUUAGAGAAGACUUUACUAGAUAUAUCUCAAGUGAUCCACAUGAGAAAUGCUUAGUAGAGAAUGGGGCACCGGUUGCUGAUGAUCAGGAAAUAACUUCCUAUGUUACAAUGCUUGAUGAAAGCCCCACCUACACCAAAACCACCUACAGCAAAGAAGGAAAUAACUUCCUAUGUUACAAUGCUUGA